AUGUUGUCUCAGGCAUUAGCUGUGCUUUCCUAUUUGAGUAGGUGGCAAGUCAACGCGGCACAUGCUGUAGACAACUUUGAAAAAUUUUCCCUGCUUCAAAGUAAUACUGCCGACUUUACGCGCGGAUUCCAGCGUCUCGUACAACGUAUACAAGCGGAGAAUUAUUUUGUUAGUUAUUUUCUAUUAAAGAAUCAGCCAGCGGAUUGUGUCGACGAGCAAUUACCGUUAAAUUUUGCACUACCCUUCAUGCAACUAAACGAAAGUGAAACAAUUUAUGUGCGCGGUAGUGGCAAUAGCUUCUUAUUGGCCAUACUGUGUAUUGAUAAAUUAACUAAAAAGGAUUUAGUUUCGAAAUUCGCCAGAGACUUGCAGCACAUACGCACCAGACGCGUCUUGGCCAUACACAAUGGAAAUCUUACGGCGAGUGCUCCAUCUGAUAAUGAGAACUUCUUCCGACACUGUAUGCAGGAGAAAUUUCUUCAUGUCAUACUCAUACAUCGCGACUUCGCCACAACAAAUCUCUAUCAUUCCUACAAUCAAUUUCCCAACUUCGAAUUGGAAAUUCGCAAUCUGCAGUCAAGGUCACCAAUCUAUCCGAAUCGUUUCGAAAAUGUCGGCAGAACAAAAUUAAGAGUUUUACCCGAUAAAAUUGCGCCAAUUACCAUAUUACAUGAAAUCGGAAACAAAACCAUCUUGGAGGGCUACAUCGGCUACUUUCUGAAGACAUUCGCAGCAAGAUAUAAUUUUCAACUUUGGUUGCCUGAUAAUUAUGUAUUGAGUGCAAAUCGUAUUAUUUCCAUGGAAGAGAUACGUCAGGCCGCGCGCAACAAUUCGAUCGAUGUGGGCGCAAGUUUGUCGACCCCACAAAAAGCGGCUAACUUACACGAAUACAUCUAUCCCAUUGAGUUCUUUCAAUGGUUGACAAUGUUGCCGGUGGAGCCGCCCUUGGAAGCAUAUUACUUUUUCAUCACCAUUUUUAGACCAACAUACUUGCUUGCCAUAUAUAUUAUUGCCUAUUGUGUUUGCAUCAUAUUUGCGAUUGAAGUGAAAUUGCGUGGCGGAAAUUUUCGUUGGGAUCGUUCCUUGCUGCUUAUACUCAUAAAUCCCUGGAAUUUAGACCUGCUACGCGGCUUCCUCAGUCAGUCUACCGCAAUGCGUUUAAACUCAGCCACCCGACGCAUCAUUUUCUUACAAAUAUUCGCAAUUGUUGGGGCACUGAAUUACACAUUCUCAAGACAUAUGUUCAAUUGGCUUACAGUACCGCCACACGGUCAACCGAUUGGUAAAUUUAGUGAUUUGGCUGAGCAUAAUCUUAAAAUACUCAUCCCAGAGCCCGAUAUAGCGGAAAUCUCAUUUUAUCGUGGUGAAAAUUUUUGGCUUGAAUAUGGUCAUAUAUUCAAAGUGGUGAAGACUUUUGAAGAAUUUGAGGAUGGCCUACGCACAAUGGAUAAUCGUUAUGCUUAUAUAAUGGACACAUUAGUUUGGCCCAUAACGGAACAACGUCAAAUGUAUUUCAAACAUCCAGUAUUUCGUUUAUCUAACGAGUUGUAUUACACAAAGGGUGCCCUAUUGAGUUUACCAAUCAGUGAGAAUUCUAUGUAUAAAGAUCUUUUAAGUGCCUUUUGUUUGCGCGCCCAGGAAAAUGGUCUACUAGACCACUGGUAUAAAAUGACUUUCUUCACAAUGCUCUCGCUGGGCCGUUUUAAUUUAGAGGAUACCAGUGACUACCGUGGUCACGAGAUGCUUACCUUAAAGGAGUUUGAAUGGGUGUGGAUUGCAUUUAGUGUUGGCAUGGGAUUGAGUGGAUUGACGUUUGUAUUGGAGGGUGUUUGGUAUAAGUUCACAUUAAUAUUAGAUAAAUAA